AGACAUCAUCUGACGACUUGACAACCCUACCAUGCGCCAAAGAAUGCAUCAAGCAUGUAUACCCACUUAUACGGCAGAAGUGUUGGCCGUCUGGAAGAUUGCACUUUCUGUUCAGAUGGCAGUAAUCCCGUCCCUAAUCCCCUUCUUUGCCAUGGCUGCCAGCCAUGGAAUGACUUUUUCCAUGUAGUCUUCUGCUACUAUGCUUCACAAGAUGUGGACGUCUCGGCAUUCGAUCCCGACUUUGAUGAAUCAGUAUCUGCCUCCUGCGGCUUUCAGUCUUUGAACUUUCGUUCGUUGAGGAGCACCGCCGAUAACCUAGAAUGCAUUAUUUGCAGUUUCAUCGGGACAGAACUAAGGAGUGUAGUCGGCGCAGACGGCGACACCAAGUUCGCAAUCUGUGGGCUCUUCCCAAGUCGUAGGACGGACCCUAGUUCUCGUACACUUGUUUUCAAUAGAGUGCAUGAGACAUCGGCCUUCGCCGAGAGCUGCGCCUUGGCUAUUUGUGUUUCAGGGCUCACAUCACCGGCGGAUAAUAAGACAAACCCUGGUUAUCAACCUGUGAUUCUGGGGAUUAGUCUCAAGUACGGGACAAAAGACGGAAGCCAACUUGAGUCAGCAGAGCUCUGGGAUCGGCAAUACAUCAACGUCAGCCUCCUUCGCAGUUGGUUGUCUUGCUGUCAUGAAUACCACGGAUCCAAGUGCAACGAUCCCUUGACAGAUUCAAAACUCCCUGAAGGUUUCCACGUUAUCGACACUAAGCGCAGACGGAUUAUCCAACCAAAAAUCCAGGCUCCGUUUGUGGCAUUGAGUUAUACAUGGCGGCUUGCAACUGCUUCAGCGGAUCGGGACCUUCACUUGACAACAUUGAACGCAGAAAAGUUGAAACGAAAAGAUGCUCUAUUGCCGGACUUUUUGCCAGAGGUCGUCGUGGACGCUAUUCACUUGUGUCGGAACAUGGGACAGCGAUAUCUCUGGGUUGAUCGCCUGUGCAUCCUGCAGGACGAUGAAGAUCUGAAGAUGACGCAGAUCAACGCUAUGAACGACAUUUAUCAACUCGCGGAAUUCACCAUUGUUGCAGCUGCGAAUGGUGUUGGUGCUGGGUUACCUGGACUUACUACCCGGCCAAACAUCUCCACCCAUAAGAACCAUUGCUGGCAAUUCAUCAAGCAUGUGCCCGAAGCAGUAGAGAGGACCAUCUCAGGCGGAAAUUCUUCCAUGGAUCAUGCCGUCGUUGGCAUCGCUCCUCUCAGCGAGAACCAAGUCAUAAGUGCCAGCGAGUGGAACUCGAGAGCGUGGACAUUUCAGGAGAAGCUUCUCUCCCGGCGGCAUAUCUUCUUCAGCAACGGGCACGUUUACUUUAGCUGCUUCCAUGAGGGUUCUGAGCUUCAUAGAUACCCUGACAUCAGGCACUAUCGGCCACAGAAGGGUACACAGGUAGAUAACGCCAUGGAAACUAAGGAUUAUGGUGGAAGAGGCUUCGAAAAGGGUCUACGAUCCGACGAGUACAGCAAUGAUGGGGUGCUCGGAUUUUAUCCGCUACUCGUGGACCAGUACACCAAGCGGACACUCGGCCGUCGAGAAGACGUGUUGAGUGCCUUUGCUGGAGUCGGCAAUGUUGUCGCUGCUCGGGCCAAAACGCAGAUGCUGCUGGGGCUUCCGGAGAGGUACUUGGCACAUAGCCUCUUGUGGUCCUUUUGCUCUCCUUUGGGGAUUACAUAUCGCACUGCGGAAGGACUGAGGCUUCCAUCUUGGACGUGGGCUACUCGCAAGGGGUCUGUCAUCUAUCAACGAUCCCUCGGUGGCAGAAUUGACGGGGAUUGGUUGGACCCAAUGUACCAGAUUCACUUUGGACAUCUCAUCUCCUUCUUCUAUUGCGACCCAGUUUCUACUGAAUCCUCUAGGCUCAGAAGCGUAAGUGAAGGCAAGGUUUGGUUUCCAGAAGAUCGAAUCGAUGAUGUUGUACACCAAGAAGACCUCCAGAGAGACCUCGAAGCCUUCUUUCAACCCAAGGCAGAGCCUUUUCAGGCAGCGGAGUACAAGUACCCCCGACAACAGGCAUCUUGGAGCCGUGUGGUUGAGUUGUGGGCACGGUCUCCUCACAGUCCCACGGAGGCUCGCCACCACAUCGACAUUGAUGGCAGGACGCAAGUCAGAGCAGAAGAACACCCUCAUUCCCUCGUAUUCAAUACAACCGUUGCCAGAGUUCGGAUAGGCUCCUAUCUUCGCGGGGACGAUGAAGACAUUCAACUUACUAUUUACGGCAACGAUGGCGCGAAGAUAGGUACUAGUGCACCCAUGCACAGGCACUGGGCUUUGAAAUGCCUGAGCAUGGGGACUAGCCAUUACAUGGUGGUCAUCGCUGCUGGCCUCAAGUUCCCCGGUACUUGGGAGCACAAUACGAUAUUUUCAGAAAGCCAGGGAUUCGGCUUCUAUGUAUUGAUUACAACUCGUACGAGCGGGCUCUACUCUCGCCUCGGGAUCGGCUUUGUUUCCUUGGAUGGAUGGGCCUCCGUUGAGCCCAGCUGGGAGCCGGUUGUUUUGGUGUAAAGUACCUAGUCUAGCAAACAGGUGUCAUUCUGUCUCGAGGUUCGCUUUGAGAUCCAAGCGAUCAUUUAUCC